AAAGUUCAGUUAAAAAUUGCCUUACCCCCGAUCGGAUUGUUUGUUCCGAUUGAUGUACUUUUAAAGUUCCUUUUCAAAAUAUCACUUUUGUUAUGAGGUUAAGAUUUGUAAGCAACUUGCGGUCUCAUGGUUCGUGGAUGCAAAGAAUCGAAAUUUUAAUUCUAUUCUGUUUAUGUAUUUCGACUGUUGCCUUCUUGUGAAUGUCAGAAAACUCUCGAGACACGAACCGGAAGGUUUCUUCCAAAGCAAGAUGUCGGAGCUUGGGGAUUUCGCGCUGACAGAAGUUGGCACUGCAAACGGCGGCUAUGACGACGAUACUGCGUCUCUUGAUUCAGAUGAUGUGGUGAGAAAUGCCGAAUAUGCUCGACUAGCAAAGCGACACAAAAAGGAAGCCACCAUUUAUAGGAAAGGCCCAGCGCCAUUGGAAGAUGAAAAAGACAAUGGAGGUUUGAAAGAGAAUGGCUACCCGGGUAGCUUGAGCAUAGUACCAUCCAAGAAAGAUUUCGAGGAGUCGAGAGCCGGUAGCUGUGCGUUGCUGAGUUACUUUGCGAAAUUAGGAACAGCGCCAGACACAGAACUGAUCGACGUCGAGUUUGUUGAUUCACUGAUAGCUGGCGGUGGGGAUAUCAACGUCACAGACGAGUUCGGGCAGACUAUCAUGCAUGAAGUCGUCAGAAAUUGGCGUGUCGAAGUGGCCGACUUUUGUUUCCAUCGCUUCGUUGAUAUCGACAAACCUGAUAAUUAUGGAAGGACCCCCCUACAUCUCGCCAGCGCUGUAAACUAUCCAGAGAUGAUCGACUGGCUGAUUUCUCAUGGGGCUGAUCUGCAUCGCAAAACAAAGGGAGAACUUCAGGCUCCCAUCCACUAUGCAGCCAAGAAUGAUGCCUUGCAAGCCAUGGAAACAUUGCUGAAUGCUGGUGCAAACUUAUUGGAACAAGAUUUUAAGGAACGGAUGCCUUUAUUUGUGGCAGCAGAGGCAGGACGGAGUGAGGCCUGUCGCCUCCUGAUGGAGAAAGGGGCUCCAGUUGGUAUUUACAACGAUGUAGGAAUCUCGGCUCUUUCAAUAAUGGUUGAAAAGAUGCCCGAUGUUGCAAAAUUGGCAUUGGAGCAAUUCCAACAAAUCGACAACGCAAUCAGACGCAAAUACUACUACUUGAAUUACCUGGAAGUUGAAACUUGGAGAAAAAACCGCACUGACAAAGGAAAGCCCCUGAGACAAUCCUUUGCACGUUCUCCAUUAAAGGCCAUCGUUCUCUACAACGAGCUCACCUUGGUAGUACACCCAGUGAUACUGCGUCUAAUUAAUCUGAAAUGGAAGCUGUUCGGGAAGAAAAAUGCACUCCUCAACUUGUUUAUCAAUAUCUUUUACACAUUUAUCUGGACUGCAAUUGGCGUCACCAUUCCAAGACUCCACACACAUGGCCUAUAUACCCCAGUUAGCAAGCAAUGGUGGCGAAUGGUUAUUGAAGCUAUUGGGAUUUUUAUGACAUUUGGUUUCGUAAUAAAGCAAUUUAUCGAUUAUCGACGAUACAAGUCAAGUGUUAAAUUGUACCGCGAAUGGCAAUUACGAGAGAUUGAGCGUGAUCUCCAAUUCUGCCAUCCCCAGUGGCCAGAGGAGAGACGAUUUUUGGUUUCCGAGAAAAGCCUCGCUACAACGUCCUCCACUUCAGGUUUGAUCGACCCAUGGAUAAUUUUCGAGUGGAUAACGUAUUUUGGUGUCCUCUCUGUCAUGAUUUCAAGGGCAGUGAAUAUAAUCAGCAAAAGUCAUUCAUCCCAUCGCAUUCACCAACGCCUGGCCGCUUUCGCGCUCAUAUUCAUCUGGGUGCGCCUGAUGAAAUACUGCCGUGCCUUCCAGGCGCUGGGCCCCUUCAUCACCAUGUUAGGCCAUGUUAUUGACGCUACCUUCAAAUUUCUCUUUCUGUUUAUAGAAGUCUUUGUCCCUUAUUGCUGUGCAUUUUGGAUUAUAUUCGGCGAGAAAGCGGAAACAGAGUUUUAUCAUUUCAACGACUUGGCUUACCAAGUGUUCAUGAUGACGCUAGUGGCUGACUAUGAGUAUUCGCAAUUGACAACGCAGGAUAAACUGCUGGCGGAGAUUCUUGUCGGGUCAUAUCUAGCCAUUGCUGGGGUUGUGUGUCUAAAUCUAUAUAUAGCACUGAUGUCAGAGACCUUUUCAAGAGUCUGGAGCGAGGCAACGGCAAAUGCCUACAUGUCGCAAGCAUCUCAACUUCUCACUGCCGAAUCGGAACUUGAAGACUCGAAACUGGAUAAAAUGCACAACGUCCUCUUAACGGAAUGUUCUCCAUUGAUUGUUCAAGAAUCUUCUGAACCGUCAAAUGAAUACAACGAGAAAGAACUGAUUCUUGCGCUGAUGCACAAAGUCGACGGAAUGAACAAUAAAUUCAAGCAGACGGUUGAGGACAACAAAUUUUUACAAGAUGAGGUUCAAGCACUCAGGAAAGAGGUUUCACAAUUAAGAAAUUAUGACGAAUCAAAAUUCAAUGAAGUUUUGGAAAUCGCAAAAGAUACUUCUCUUGCCAAGAUAAAAACUGCUUUCACCAGUGUUCAAGAGGGCAUAGGGGCAAAAGUACGAAAAACGCUUUUUUCAAGAUCGAAACAAGCCGAUGAAAAUAGAAGCAAUUUUGACGAAGAUGAGAUGUCGUUAAAAAAUGACUUUAAGUAAAAAAGUAAUUUAGAAUUUAGAGAUCAUAAAUGGUUGAAACAGACAAUUAAAUGAGGGUAAUGGCUCAUUGGAGUAUGGGGUAAUAGCUCACUCUGGGAAGCAGAGCCACAGAAUUUCGAGCGCGUAAUUUCGAGUGGCACUUUUCCUUCUUCUCAGGUAGACGCUUCUCCGCUUCUCCGUUUCUCCGUUUGUCCGCUUCUCCGCUCCUAUCUUCCAUUUUCACCCUCGGAUUUAUGUGGCACUGUUACCCAGGGUAGUAGAGGCCAAACUGUAUUGUCAAUUGAAAUUCUUAUUUAAAGAUUUCCUAACAAAUACUGAAGGCAAUGACAAUACCAACAAAAUGAAGGGCAGAAAGCUCCCUCAGAAAUCAUGCCCUAGACAUCAGAAAAUCAGUCAUGAGGCUACGUUCCCACAUCAUCGAGAGCGAGUUGGGCCGUUGGUGCAUCGGCGUAAAUCGCUAAACCUACCCCUGAUUUAAACAGGAAGCGGUUACUUUGGAAUUUUCCAUAAUAACCCCCAAAUUUAAUUGAUAAAGGAGAGGCAAUGGACAAGAAAAAAUUAUUUUCCCCACUAAUAGCCGAUGCACCAGUUCUACCUAAUAGCAUCCAAAUAAAUGCUAACAGCAUAAAGGAAUGCCUAAAGGUACGAGUAAUUUUAUUGAAGGCAUCAAGAGAUGAAAAGAGGGAGUGAGGGCCGGGAAAAUAAACAGCAGCGACAAAAUUGGUCGAAUUAUGAAAAGUUCGAAUAAUAGACAGUGGUGGUGGUUGGAAAAGCUUUUCACCUCUGGUUGGCGCCAUUACCCUCAUCUUGUCCUUAUGUCACAAAGUUUUUCAGUUGACGGUUUUCCAAACAAUUUUCACAAGAAAGAAUUCUGGAAAUCCUUGACAUUUUAACGGGUACCGUAUUUACCCGAAUAAACGGCGUUUAUUUCAAAAUUCUUUACCUGGCGUACAGUAAAUCCCCGCAUAUAAGAACCUACUUUUUUGAGGUUCAGGCUGAAGUAGGUUCUUAUUGGGAAGGUACUUGGAUGAAUUUCAGGGUAUGAAGGUUCUUAUUGGAAGGAUCCCUUAUUCAAAAUUUUAGGAUUCAUUAUCAAGAGAUGCAUUCAACCCUUUUUUCCCCUUUGGCAAUGUUAUUAAUGCAACAUUACAAAGAUAUUUACAGGAAGACAUUUGAGCGCACUGGCUGCCUAUGACAGUGGAUGGAUCUGGAGAUGAUCUCAAACGUCCUCAGAAAUUGAAAAUUAUGAAUUCUAAUGCUUUUUUUUAUUUUCAACAUUUUGGAUUUUGCUACAUAUAAUUAUGUUAAAAAGUCAAAGUAAUUUUAAAGUUCUCUUUCGUUAAAGUGUAUAAAAUGCUUAAAAUGCACAACUUAAAAUUUUUAUACAGGUUGUGAUUUUAUGUCAUCUAAAAAAAUCUGGGAGUAAAUAAGGACCAUUGAAAACGCUAUUUUUUGCUCUUGGAAUAAGAACCUAUCAUAUUGUAUCACACUGAAACAGGUUCUUAAUUAAAAGGUACAUAAAUUAGGAAAAACAGCCUCUAAGUUCUUUUUUUUGUAGGUUCUUAUAUGCGGGGAUUUACUGUAUUCCUUUUUAUUACGGAUCAUGGUUCAAGCAUGAAUGACAAACUUUUGUCCAAAGUUUUCCAUCAUUGGAAAAAUUCGCUUAAUAUUUUAUUUCCUGUAAUAUGUGUAGUGUAAUAUUGAACAGAAAAUGUAAUUUUGCUCAAGAAUUCGAGCCAAAGCUCAUACUUGUGCUGUAUAAAUAACAUGCAGUAUAGAGUGUUUAGAGUCCUGGGGGAUACUCGUAUAUAUUUAAGAUAAGGAUGCUCAGGCUACUUGUCUGUUUCUAGAGUUUCAGAAGAAUUUUUUUCGAUCAGUCUAAUGUAAAAUUGAUUUCUUUGGGUUCAAGAAAUUCUGAAUUUUUUUGGGGACUUGAAUAUGAGAAAAGUUAAUAGGUAAAAACUUAAACCUUCUUGUCCCGGGCGAGAAAAAUUAUUUUUUGAGUCAAUGUCUAUGCUAGAAACUAUUUUUUUUGGUUGAUGGUUUGUACCCCUCCACCCAGCAUGAGCAAACCUACUGCAUAUGAGUACCUCCCCCCCGGGAACAAGAGGGAUGCAACUGGAAAUUAUCUAAGGCUAAUAACUUUUUGCGAAGCUAAUCAUAUACCAUAACAUGCUUCCAAAGGUCGGGAAGAGCUUUUAAUAGACUGCGGUGUAUGUGUACCACGUUGUAUUUUGAGGGCAGCAUCUUUCAGUACUUAAUUUUGAUAAAAAUUUCGGAAAUCGAUAUGUAGUAGAAAUUAGAGAAGAUACAAGUUUAAAAAGAAAAGUUUAGCCACU